ACCAUCCCCCUUUUCCCUCCUCCCCUCUAUGCUGUUGUGAAACACUGUAAAAGCUACGCAUCUCACCCACAGACAGUAGAAGAGAUGGAGACAAAUGAAGGUAAUGAUCCCAUGCAGAUUACAGGACCAAGCAUACAAACUGCCGGUGGCACUAAACCUCUGCACCGGUUCCUAAGAGGAGAACCAAGAACUGUUGGGAUCAUUCUGUUGUUUCUUGGCUUGUGCCUGUUCUUGUUUGGGAUUCCUCUGAAGGGGGGCUACUUGGACACAUCAUCAGACAGCUAUUGCCCCUUUUGGCUGGGAAUCUUGUACUUUAUUUGUGGUAUUCUCUACAUACUGUCAGAACGCAACACUACGAAGAAGACUGUCACAAUUAGCUUUGCGUUUAGCAUCAUCGCAAUACUGGGGACUAUAGUUGGCGUAAUCAUUUUCUCCAAAGGUGUAUUUUCCAACCAUAAUUACUAUAUGUAUUAUUACCACGACAAUGAAACAGAAGCGAACAUGGAACUUUAUAUGCAGAUCCACAGCAUUGAAGGCGUGUUCCUGUUCCACAGCUUGUUGGCUGGAGUGAUCCUCAUCACCAUGUCUGUGUUUGCACGACUAGCACUACGCUCAAGUCAUUCGCAGAUGCUUGUGGUCAUGCGUUACCCACCAGCAGAGUGAGGAAAGAAACUUUGGGUGAAUUCAAAAUGCUAGUCUGUGAUCAAAAACUUUUAUCAGAAUUGACUCUAACAAGUAGCUGUUGCCAAAAAAGGACAUUAUUCAAACAGUGAAACACCAAAAACACCUCAAAAAAAUGUAUCUGCUUGCUUAACUCUUAAACAUCUCAGCCAUUCAGUCCACACCGUAUGACUGCUAGCAAUAACAUCUGUGAAGAAGUCUUGUUAGAACGGAUUCUCUACAUUCUGGCACCUGGGAAGGAGCAUAAUAGAGUAUUUUACCAUACAAAUAAACAACUAUAGCCUACACAUAAACACUACUAAUUCACAUAUGGAAAUGUAUAUUGGCAAAUAAUCAUUUAAAUUUUUUAUUAAAUAAACCUAACAAAACAAUGAUGGUGAUACACGCUGAUGUAAAAGCCGCUGACUAAAAUAAAUGCUUUUUUUUGUA